UAUUUCAGAAUCAUGGUUGGUCAAUUUCUUGACAAGAGAACGAGAUGGGAGAAAAUGCGACACAUGAUGAGAGUUAACCCAGAAUCAGUACCUAUGAUGGUGUUUGUCGGUGCUGCGUGUAUUAUGGGAGGUGUUUUUUGUGUCCAUUCUCUUUAUUUCAAACCUGACGUUUGGAUAAAUAAAUAUUACAAAACUCAGCCAUCUAAACGCCUGGAACAUGAUGACGUCAGGAAGUAUUUUACGUUAAGCAGUAAACCUGUUUUAAGGCCUGAAACAGAAGAAGGUGAUUCUGAUGAAAUCCGUCAACUCAGGAAAGAAAUUGGUUUUUAAUUAACUAUAAAAUACAGUUAUUCUUGUGAAUUAUUGACUUUCGAUUUCGUUCCUUUCAAUAGAAUUCUGAACAGCCUAAAUAUUUGUACAAACUGAAAACAUAUUUGGAACUUUUUUAGUUCUAAUUGCAGAAUCCUGUUGUCGGUUUGUCUGUUGUUUUCUGUUGUUAUCUGUUGUCGUGUUGUCUGUUGUUAUCUAAUGUCGUGUUGUCUGUUGUAAUCUGUCCUCGUGUGUGUGUACGUGUAUAUUAUAAGGGAAAAUAUUUUUUGAAUUGUAGUGCAUCUGUAGCUUAAGUUUUGAAAAUUGUUAGACGAAUAUAGCAACAAUUCUAACAAGAAUCUGCAUAACACAAUAAUUUUACGAAUUAAUGUCAUUUCAUUUUCAAGUCUUCAGGGAAAAUAAGCGAUUCAAGAUUUCUUGCUUCAUCCAAAAACAUGCUAGACACACCUAUUCUAAAAAGAUAUGUGAAAUAUGCCAUCUUUUCCAUUUGUAAAUGUAAAUAAACGUAAUUAUUAAAAUUA